UCGCGUGGUCGAAGGGGUCGCGGGCAGCUGAGCAUGGAGCGCAGUCAUUUGCCGGAGACGCCAUUCGAUUUGGCCCUUUCUGGGCCCAGGUUUCAGGCCCAGUCGAGCGGCAAUGGUUCCGUGCUGGAUAAUGUGCUGCCCGACAUGGCGCACCUGGUGAACCCCUACUGGAGCCGCUUCGCUCCCAUGGAUCCGAUGAUGAGCAAAAUCCUGGGCCUCUUCACCCUAGCCAUCCUGAUCAUCUCGUGCUGUGGCAACGGAGUGGUGGUCUACAUCUUCGGAGGGACAAAGUCGCUGCGCACGCCGGCAAACUUACUGGUUCUCAACCUGGCCUUCUCCGACUUCUGCAUGAUGGCCUCCCAGUCACCGGUGAUGAUCAUCAACUUCUACUACGAGACUUGGGUGCUGGGACCGCUGUGGUGCGACAUUUACGCGGGAUGUGGAUCCCUUUUCGGUUGUGUGUCCAUCUGGUCCAUGUGCAUGAUCGCCUUCGAUCGGUACAAUGUGAUUGUGAAGGGAAUUAAUGGCACACCCAUGACCAUCAAGACGUCCAUAAUGAAGAUACUGUUCAUAUGGCUAAUGGCUGUUUUCUGGACCGUGAUGCCUUUAGUUGGAUGGAGUGCCUAUGUGCCGGAAGGAAACCUGACUGCCUGCAGCAUUGACUAUAUGACACGAAUGUGGAAUCCAAGAUCCUAUUUGAUUACCUAUUCCCUGUUUGUGUACUACACUCCUCUGUUCCUGAUCUGCUACUCCUAUUGGUUCAUCAUCGCUGCCGUGGCUGCUCAUGAGAAAGCGAUGCGGGAACAGGCAAAGAAGAUGAAUGUGAAGUCGCUUAGGAGUUCAGAGGAUUGCGACAAGAGCGCCGAGGGAAAGCUGGCCAAGGUGGCUCUGACCACCAUUUCGCUGUGGUUCAUGGCCUGGACCCCCUACCUGGUCAUCUGCUACUUUGGCCUCUUUAAGAUCGAGGGAUUGACACCCCUGACAACCAUUUGGGGAGCCACAUUCGCCAAGACGAGUGCGGUCUACAAUCCGAUUGUGUACGGAAUAAGUCAUCCUAAGUACCGAAUAGUGCUCAAGGAAAAGUGUCCAAUGUGUGUGUUUGGCAACACGGAUGAGCCGAAACCGGAUGCCCCUGCCUCUGAUACGGAAACCACUUCUGAGGCGGACUCAAAGGCCUAAAAACACUAAAACACUCACGCAAUUGCCUAAAAGAGGCUCAAAAACUACAGAAAAAAGAAGAGCAAUAUCAUAAAGUGAUACAAAAAUGUAAAAAAAAUUGAAUAAAUUUAAGCAUAACAAAAGAUCAAAUUAA